ACAUACUGUAUCGUAGUAAAGAAUCUGUUUCAACUUCAUGGUUAUGAUUCGUAACUGCUGCGGUGUCAGUUUUUGAAGUGAAUUUUUUACCUUAUAUUACGAAGCGGUAUGUUUGUAAUAUCCACGAUUCUACUACUUUUCUCAAAAGUAUUCAUGUCGUAACAUUUAUUUCUACUGACAAGAAACCAUAUUCAUAAUGGUAAACAUUCCGAAUAACUUAACCAAAUGGGAUCUGUCAGAAGAUCCACUUGCACCGCUGACCGAUCGUCAAAAAGAUUGUUUAUUAAGCUUAGAAGAGGAAUUAUUUUCCGACAGUAUUCUUACGACUGAUAAACAAAACGAUACCGUUCAUAUAAAAGAUAAUGAGAAAUCAGUACAAAUUGAACGGUACCAAGAUCUGUUAGAACAUUAUGCUGCAUUAGAAAAAAAGUGUAUGGACCGAAAAGAUAUAAAAUACAUUAUGUACCUCAAUGAACUUGAGGCUAGACGACUGGAAUGUCAUGAACUUUGUCUCCAAAUAGAAGAAGCAUUAGAGGACUUCACGAUGCUGUACAAACAAUAUUCAGAAGUUUCUGAUAAAACUACAUCUCUCUACAAUGCUAGUGAACAGCUUGACUCUGAUCAACGAAAAUUAAAUUCUACUAUAGAGAACAUUACUGAAUACAUAAAGUAUUUCAAAGAUAUUGAUUUGACAAUGGAGAAAUUAGAGGCACCCACACUAUCAGUGAACAGUGAAAUGUUCUUUAAUAUAUUGGAUAAAAUUGAUACAAAUAUAGAUUUUGUGCAGAGCAAUCCUUCAUUUAAGGAAAGCAAUACGUACUUAAUUAAAUAUAAACAUUGUCAGUCUAAGGCAAUAUCUAUGAUACAAAAUUAUGUUUUUAAUUUAUUUAGUAAAACUACAGAAAGUAUUUUAAAUUUGAGAGAUAAUGAUAAUUCCCAAGAUAAUGCAGAUGCAGCUUUGGCACUUUUUUAUGGAAGAUUUCAAACUAUUUUGUCAAAAGUUAGACCAGUUAUAGAACAAAUAGAAAUAAAAUCUUACAAACGACAAGAAUAUGAUAGUUUAUUGUCAGAGUGCCAUCAAUAUUAUUGGAGUCAAAGAGGAUUGGUAUUAGGCAGCAGUGUACAGAAAUCUCUAACAUCUGUAAAAGAGAAAUAUAAUGGUGAUCAUUGUAGUUUGGUACGAAAUUCAUGUGCAUUAUUAUUACAUGCAUCAAUGGAUGAAUAUAAAUUAUUUUAUGAAUUUUUCUCCAAGCCAUCCAGUGGAUUAACAGCAUAUCUUGAAAGUCUGUGUACUUCUUUGUAUGAUACACUCAGACCAUUCAUUAUUCAUAUUAAUCAUUUAGAAACAUUAGCUGAGAUUUGUUGUAUUUUGAGAAUUGAAAUGCUGGAUGAGCAUGUUCAAAAUAAUUUUGAACCCUUGGAAGGGUUUGGAAACAUUUGUUUGCAAUUAUUGCACGAUGUACAGGAGAGGCUCGUGUUUCGUGCGCAGCUUUAUUUGCAGUCAGAUGUUUUAAAUUAUAAUCCAUCUCCAGGUGAUUUAGCAUACCCAGAGAAAUUAAAAAUGAUGGAAGACAUAGCAGAAUCGAUACGAGAAGAGACUCGUCAAACAAAUAUGAAGAAACUAUCCAUAUCAUCUAUGGAUGAUAAUAUUUCUGAGCCGAUGAUUUCCCGAAAUCAUAUUAUAAUGGAUUCUAUUUAUCAAAAAACACAUAUGGGCAACUCACCAGCAGACCUUCAUGGAAUGUGGUAUCCUACUGUCCGUAGAACAUUAGUUUGUUUGUCAAGAUUGUAUAGAUGUGUAGACAAAUCUGUCUUUCAGUCCUUGAGUCAAGAAGCAAUAUCUCUUUGCGUCCAAAGUAUAGAGAAUGCAAAGCAAGAAAUUGAAAAGAGGGCAACAUCUUUAGAUGCAGAACUUUUCCAGAUAAAACAUUUGUUAAUUCUGCGUGAGCAGAUUGCACCUUUCCAAGUGGACUUCACUAUAAAAGAAUACAGUUUAGACUUUUCUAAAGUUAAGACAGCAGCAUUUGGUUUAUUAGAAAAAAGUUCACGAAUUUUUACUCUGUCAAAUAACGCUUUGUUAGAAUUUUUAUUAGAAGGUGCACCACAAAUGAAAGAACAGUUAAUAGAUUCAAGGAAGCAAGUGGACAACAAGUUGAAAUAUACUUGCCAACGUCUUAUACAGCAUGCAACAUUUUUGUUGGUUCAUCCAGUUUUGAAAUUACUGGAAAAAGAAAAGUUACAUGUAAAUACCAACACUCCAGAUAAACCCCAAACACAUGUUCUUGGGAGUCCACAAGAUGUUGCAACAGUAAUUAGCGAAGUUUUACGGAUAAUAAAAUUUAAAUGCCCUGAGGUCCAACAGCUGAUGCAAUUGUAUCUAUCCAAUAAAGAGACAGAGUUUAUUUUAUUUAGACCAGUAAAAAAUAAUGUGUGUGCAGCGUUUACACAAUUAUAUCAGAUAUUAAACAAAUAUUACAAUGCAGAGGAACUGCUGUUAAUUGCUUGUCCAUUACCAGAACAAAUUUCUGUUAUAUUGAGUUCAUCCAGUCUGAUUCAUGGGAAAAAUGCACAGACCUCUGCAAAGAAAACAUAGCCAAAAUGAGAGUAUUUGCUUUUACAAUAAAUAUUAAUAUAUAAUAAAGGUUUCACAUUUUUAUGUAAAAUAUAUAGAAUGUACAUAAACGAUGCAAAUAUCAUACAAAAUAGUUCGAAUGCUUUACUGAAAUUACACAAACUACUGUAAUUUACGCUGUAUCGUAUUCUUGAAAUUCAACAAUAUUUUAAUCCUUUCUAAUGUAUUUUAAAAACGUGCAAUUUUUGUAUUAUGGAACUGUACAUAUCUAAAAUAUUAAAUUUCAUUAAAUACAACAAACUUCGUAAUGCUUUCUGAAAUCAUAUCUAAAGUUUAAGAUAGAUUUUUGCAAAAAAUUGCUAUAAACGUAAUGUUUAAAA